GUGUUCUUUACGUCCCACAGCUUCAAUGUGAUCUGCUCUCCGCCAGUCGCCUCACAAGUGACCUAAAUUGCACACUCACAUUUUUUUCAGAUUUCUGUAUAAUACAGGAUUUACCCUCGAGAAGACUGAUUGGUAAGGGUGAAUUUCAUAACGGUCUUUAUCAUCUAUAUUUACCUAGAGGUGAAAGAGUAGCAAUGGGAGCUACUUUUGAUUCUGAUUUAUGGCAUAAGCGUCUGGGUCAUGCUUCAAAUGGAAAAUUGCAACACAUUUCAUUUCUCAAAGAUUUGCAACAAAAUAAUAGCUUUUGUGAUCCAUGCUUACGCGCUAAACAAACACGGCUGUCGUUCCCCAAAAGUACAAGUUAGUCAAUUUCUAAGCCAGCCACGCCAGUCUCAUUUCGACACUGCCACACGUGUCCUUCGCUACUUAAAACAGACUCCAGGACAAGGAAUUUUCUUAUCUUCAGAUAAUGAUUUCUCUUUGAAAGGUUAUUGUGAUGCUGACCGGGCAGGGUGCUCAUACACUCGCCGAUCUAGCACGGGAUAUUUU